UUUUUUUUCGUCAAUGACGUUAAAUAGGAAGCAUGGCAACCUGGAGUCAUGUAAACUGGUUACCUUUCAUGCUUACGCGUGUUUGUUGUAACGCGAAUAAACAUUUAUUUCAAGUCAAAGCUCGGGUCUUGUCACUUCAUCCGGCAACAAGAAAUCAUAAUACGAAUAAUAGAUUUGUGAAAAAUUACAGUUCGCCAAUGUACUCUCCUCGGUCACUAUGGAUGCUAUACCACAAAGAUGAUGGACACAACAAAGUUGGAGAGCAUCAUGCGAGAUUUGUGAUGGAUGUGGACCUUGGUGUGACAUGUGAUGGUGAAACCAUAGUUUGUUUCCACCAUGCUCCAGACAUUCCCCAUGAGCUGACAAAGCCCAUCCCCAAUCCAGACACGACACUUGAUUCUGCAGAAACGCAUGAUCUAGUAUUGAAGUCUCGACUUAAUAAGGACGUUUUAAAGGGCAAAAAGACCCCAACUGCAGAGGAGCUCGCGAAGAUGUUCUACACCACAAAGCACCGCUGGUACCCAGUUGGACAUCUAUCCCCAAUGAGCAAGCCUGUGGCAAGGAAAAACUCCCUCAGACAACAUGAGAAAGAAACAUCGAGAGGAACCAGACUCAAAAGGGAACCCAUCCUCAUUUGGGCAACAACAGACAACAUGACUAUAACAUCAACAAAACUGACUUCAUGUUAAAACUGUUAAUGUUAUAACUCUUCAGUUGAUGGAAACUUGAGUGCAAAACUGUUCAAGUCAACUGUAGUCCUCAGCCAUAAAGCAUUACUGUAAAUGUCCAGUGUGUCUUCCAAGUGUGCCUUUCAAUUGUCCAUAUUGGGCAGUCCUCCACAGGAGCGAUGUGAUGAGACUCCAACCAGACAUUGGGCAUCAGGGUGAAUUAGGCAGGUCUGAGGAGCAGAAGAGGCCAGCAUCUCGAGCUCAGGAUUGGCAUGUAACUCAGAGGGACAGAUUGGGGAGGGAGAGAGAGAACACGGGUUAAGUAUGCCCAGUGUCACCUGAAUAAGUAGGAACAGUAUACGUUUUGCGCUGAGUACAAGCAGGGACUCUGGCAAAAUUAACUGACAGCAUACCUUCUGGCUCUCCCCUUUUAGUUAACACGGGCAUGAGGGAGCCCCGGGACAUAAAGCAGCCUUUAAUUGCUGAUUGGUCAAUUUUGACCUCGUGCUUCCAUUUAUGCUAAUUAGAAAAGCUAAUAAUAGAACAAGUAAACUUUUACUGGCUUCUCAGCUUGUUGUUUCAGAGUUUUAUUCAGUUUUUUACGUCUCCUGUAAAAAAGGAAAAAUGUCACAUAGCAGGUUUUGACCUGACAGCGACGAUAUGUUUUCAGCCUAGACUUAAAUGCUGAGACUGUGUCUGAUUUCCGAACACUACAUGGAAGGCUGUUCCAUAACUGUGGGGCUUUGUAAGAAAAGGCUCUGCCCCCUGAUGUAGCCUUCACUAUACGAGGUACCAGCAGAUAGCCUGCACCUUUUGAUCCAAGUAGGUGUGGUGGCGGGUCAUAAAGGACCAGAAGUUCACUCAGGUACUGUGCUGCAAGACCAUUCAGUACUUUAAAG